UAAGAGCCGACAUUGAUAACGUAAAGAAAUAGUCAUACCUACAAGAAAUGGAUGUAACCCAAAUAAACGUUUCAGACGUACGUCGGCAACCGACCGUGACGUUUUUGGAACAAAGGAAAGAAAAUUCAGGUUUUCUCACACAGACUACUGGUGAACAAAAUAGCCUUGUCACUGUUUUGGAUACCAGUCGUUCGAAUUCAGGAAGCCAUCCGACAAUUACGUUGAACAACAGCACGCACAUUGAGAAUACAAAAGCAUCACCUGGUAUUCUUUCGGAAAGAACAUUUGUUGACGAUGGAGUUGUUAUAUCACGGCUGAUUGAACCGAAUGUAACAAAUAUCAAACUUCCUGAACCCAGGAUUAUCAACACUGAUAUCCCCUCAACUAGGAUUUCCAAAUCCCUCGUUUCUACUGGUACCAUAAAAGAUGGAGUCGGUCCCUUUUUCCCACCGAUAAAGUCCACGUUCAAAAAGAAUGAACAGGGCCAGUUAAAAAGUAAUAUAUACCUGAAUAAGGUAAAUAAAUCGUUGAGAAAGGGCAGCAUAAAGAGAUGGUUUCAGGGAGGAGACUUCUGGGUGGAGGAUGAAUUUCCCCAGAUCAUAAAGGGAAGGAGCCGGAUUGCCCAAGCGUCAAUCGGAGUAAAUACCUCAGACACAUUACACAGAAAUUCCACAAACUCAAAACAAGUAACGUUUAGGCAAGACGGCGGGCAGAUGAUACAUCAGAAAUCGAGAAAAAUGCAAGAGAGGCAGUAUAAUGGAGGACAUCUCUUUGUGAAUGGGUAUUCCAACAGAAAGGGAGGCAAUAGGUGGAUCGACGAGAAACGCUACAGGAGAUCCAGGAAGCGUGCCAUAAUUGCGUUUGUGAUUGGCGUAAUCCUUAUUCUUCUUGUAGCCGUUGUAGCCAUCAUUGCAAUUGUCGUGACCCAAAACGAAAGAUAGUAAAAACUGAAUAGGUGAUAUUUAUCAUCCGUUGGUAGUUCCGAUAGUGGUACACACUCAAGAAGGAAACGCAUAUGCAGCCUUCAUUAUUGCAGCGUGUAUAUGUGCAGUGUAGAGAGUACAAGAGAUGGUAAUGCAAUGAAAAUUCGUAUUUGCUCGUAUAUGAACAUGCAGUCUGACUCAGUGUAUUUCUAACUGUUUUGAAUUUUUGUUUUUGAAAAUUUAUCAGUUUGACUACUUUGUAAUACUUUGCUAGUUAGAGGACUAACAAAAAGACAGACAAAACGUUUCUGGCCUCUAGGAAAAUUCUGCUUCAAUUGGCCUACCAUUUGGUCUUGAAGGGAUGACAUUUUUCAAAAAGACUUGCAAGAAUAUAAAAGUCAACAUAUGAAACGCUUUUAAUUUUAUAAGUUGAUUUAUCAAAGGAUGAUGUUGAUGGCCUAUUAAAAUAAAAUAAACACUAGAAACCACCCUAUUUGAUUUUCGGUACUGCCGUAUAAAUGGAUAUUUAUAACAGCAACAAUACAUUUAAUAGAUACAGCAAAACCUGUAUAUCCGAACACUUUUCAAUCCAAACCUUGACCUCCCA